AUGAUGCUCUCUCGGCGCAGUCUGCUUCUUCUGUUGCUGUGCUGCACACUAUGGACAACCUGCGCACAAGAGCUCCCUCCGUCGGGUCUUUUUGAUCGAUUGGACGAAAAUCACGAUUCCAAAUUGAGCAAGGAAGAAUUCUCACAUGGAUGGAAGGUGAUUGCUCAACAAUUUCCUACAGGAGGAUGGCUGCCGGUUAGCAAAGGAGGAUUUUGGAAGGGAUUUACAGCUGGAGUUUCCAUGAUCAUUGCUACUGAAAUUGGGGACAAGACCUUUUUCAUUGCCGCGGUGAUGAGCAUGAGACAACAACGAUCUGCUGUCUUUCUUGGAGCAGUACUCGCUUUGUAUGUCAUGACAGUUCUUAGUACCCUCAUGGGUCUCGUUUUGCCAACCAUGAUUCCUGUCAAGUACACACACAUUCUUGGAGGAUUCUUAUUCCUUUACUUUGGAUUCAAGCUAAUCAAUGACUCGCGAAGUAUGGAUGCCAAUGCCGUCAGUGAGGAAUUGGAAGAAGUGGAAGAGGAACUUUUGCAUCCCAAGAAGGAUGAAGAAUCUGGUCAAAGCAGUGUUCCAACAAGUCCAAUGAAAACUGGGUUUGCCGAAGUCGCGAUCCAAUCAUUUUCAUUGACUUUUUUGGCCGAAUGGGGAGAUCGUUCUCAGAUUGCUACAAUAGCCCUUGCUGCUGCUAAGAAUCCAUAUGGUGUCACCCUUGGAGGGUGCAUUGGACAUACAAUGUGUACUGGUGUGGCUGUUUUGGGAGGAAGAAUGUUGGCUGCAAGAAUUUCAGAAAGGACUGUGUCUCUGGGAGGAGGUUUCAUCUUUUUGGUAUUUGGUAUCCAUUCCGUCUUUUUCGAGAGCUAG